UAAGAGCCAUUUAUCAGUCGAACUCUAUUUUUCACAAGAGGCUGUGGUUAAUGUUGAUUAACGUGUAUGAAACUUUAAGCACGAAUAACAGACACAAGGAGAUUUUUGUAAUAUGAUGAUUCACACAAAACGCUUUGUCAAGCAUGUGGUGUUGUUGAACAUUACUCAGUAAUCUGAGAUCGAGAGAAGGCACCGCAGGACUGACCGAGAGCAGUCUGCCGUCCAUGAAACAUCGGUGCUACAGUAUUCAGACGAGCACAGCUGAACAUAUAAGAAAGGACAGCGCAUUUGGUAAUUGGCAUUGGAAGCUCAUUAAAAAGCAUCACACUCGUCUCCAGGUGACUCAGAGAAGCAUCUGAUCUGGGCUGAGGAUGUGGCGCAUGCGCAGCGCGUCGUCGGCUGUGCGGAGUGAAGAAGAGCAGCUCCAGCUCGGUGAUGACAGAUGUGAAGCAUGACGUCCUGCUCAGAGAUCUGUGGCUCGGAUUACACUGAGCAGAGCCAUGGCGCCCUCAGCAGCGGUUACCAGGGUUACGGGGUGCGUUCCUACCUGCAUCAGUUCUACGAGGAGUGCACCGCUUCCAUCUGGGAGCGCGAUGAAGAUUUCCAGACACCGAGAUUGCCGAGCCGCUGGAGCUCUGUGCUCUGGAAGGUCUGUCUCGCGCUAGGCGCUCUGAUUCUGGUGGCAGGGUUAUCCGUGCUGCUGGUGGGCUACGCCACGCCGCCUCGACUCGAAGCCUUCGGAGAAGACGAGCUGCUGUUCGUGGACGGCCGCGCGGUGCGCUUCAACCGGGCCCUGGACGCCUGUAAGCUGGCCGGAGCCGUGCUGUUCUGCGUGGGCGGCAGCGGGAUGGCAGUGGGGCUGCUGCUGGCCGCCUGCUCUCAGGGCAGCUCCAAGGAAGAGCUCCGUCUGCAGCAGCGCUUCAAAGAGCGGCUCGCCGAGAUCCAGGCCUCCGUUCAACCCGUCACCCGCGCUCCCACCCCGGGAGAGGCCAAGGUUCCCGUCACGCUCUCCAAAGUGCAGAGCGUCCAGCCCGGAGCGGAAACCUGACCUCUUAAGCAUCCCACGCUUCCGUGCAAAACAAAACAACAGUUCCUGGAACAAUAGAGAUAGAUAACACUGCACUGGCGCAUAUAAUUCGUCUAUAUUGAGAGCACCGAGAGUAUUUAUGGUGAUUAGCGUAAGCGUACCUUGUCGAUCAUCACUGGUGCUUCUGAAUAAAGACAUACAGCACAAAUAUACUCACGCGCUAUGGCUAGGAAUCAGAACAACUUUAGGCUGCUGAUAUUCUUCAGAGGCGCCAAAGCAUGUGCGUAUUAAUACCGAAUAAGCAAGAAUAGUUUCUCUAUUACAAUGACCCCAAACACACCCCUCACUGUAAUCGCAAUUCCCAUCGUGAUACAUGAGAAAAAUCACUCGGUAAAACUCAUAAACUAGCAGAACGGAGGCCUUACUAACACUGUCAACUACAAUGAUUUGUCAUCGCUCGUUCAGAAAGCGUCACGUUGGUUCAAUUUUUCUCCGAAUCUCUCCUAGUGAAAGCUUCGUGCUCUAUUGCUACAGUCAAUCAAUAGUUAGUUGACAGAACGCAAUGUGUUCCAAGCCACAAUACCGUGCAUCCGUUCUGCUCAAACACAUCAUCGUCGGCGAUAUCAAGAGUGAAAAUAGAUUACGGUUAAGAUGCGCCUGUGGGAUUAUGUCAUGUCCUCUCUUUGUGUUGCACAUCAUUCUUGCUCCAUCAUUAGAGCUUUCCGUACGCUAGUGUUCUGCUGGAGAUUUCUUUCUGUCGGCUUUUCUUGUUUCGUGUUUCUCUUUGGCUUCAUGGCAGAGUCACUGCUGUGCUUUUGUUCUCUGUAACAAUUAUUUUGCGUAGGUAUUUGCAUCUUAUUAUUGUUAUAUUUUUACUUUGAUUAGCGCAAAUGUUGCAUGAUGACAAUUCAGUGAAACUUUGUAAACUGCUUUCAAGAAGGUUGAUAAAGAAUGAAAAACCGUCGCCGUCGCUUCUUAGUGUAAUAUUUUGUGUUAUUUAUUGAUUAUGAAUUAUCAUUGAACAUACUGCAUAUGCAUUCAGAUGUUUGAAAACGCUGAGGCUUUCUAAUGAACUUAGGAUAAUCGAAACUCUCAGACAGGCCUAAAUGAAGUCUAAAAAUGUUACAUUUAUAAUAUCAGCUGCUUCGAGAAUUGAUUCUUCUUGUUUAAACUGACAUAUAUGGAUGUGUUUUCAGAGGUGUGUUGAUCACAAAUGCUGGUAAUCGUCUCAAACUGUCAAAGCUUCUGGUUUGGUCUGCUCUUGGGAUGGAGACAGAACGUAUCAGAGCUGUUCUUACUCUUGGAAC